AUGGCCAAGGCGUCCGUGUCAGUGGGAACAGCCACCGAAUGCGGUUCUCUGGCCAUCUCUUGGACAGGCGGCCAAAGUUCUUUCUGGAUCUUUAUUUUCCCUUCCCAUGCACCGGUUUCAAAGGUCAACUACUCCUCUACAUGGUACCCUGUACCAUCCUCGGCAUACAGUGGAAACCAAGGAAAUUACACCAUCCCUCAAUUGCCACUGCCACAAGGGCAACAGUUCGUGUUGUCAAUGUAUGAUGGAGCCGAGUUCAUUACGGGGGGUACAUCCGAUCUGUUACAAGUGGCGGGGCCCACCGAUGGCUCCAGCUGCAACACAACCUCGUCCCAGACCUUCUCAUUCGAAGAUUCUUCGUUAGCUCUCCAGCAAUGUGGAUCCUACCUCUUUGACCACUAUCAGGGAGCGGUACUGCCUGUUUCUAUUAUGGCGAUCAUUCCUGGGGGAGAGUCCAUCAUCCUUCAAUCGGAUGUGACAACGGUAAACUACACCUGGACGGCAAAUGUACAAGCCGGGACCUCGAUUAUAUUUUCGAUGUUGGAUGCUAACGACAACUCAGGCGGCUGUUCUCCGCUUCAAACAGUGGGGGCCUCGAAUGAUGCUUCUUGUCUGGGCUCCACCUCCGCGUUAUCCACUGCAAACAUCCCGCAGUCAUCACAGCCGGGGUCUUCCUCUCCGUCUGCUACCCAGCCAUCUACUAUCUCUCCGUCUGCUACCCAGCCAUCUACUAUCUCUCCGUCCACCACCCCUCCGUCUUUUACUCUUCCAUUAACUACCGCUCCGUCCACCACUCAGGCUGGUUCUAGCUCCUCAACGGCCCUUUCUACUGCCACUAUCGCUGGUGUGGUGGGUGGAGGUGUGGUUGCGCUUGCGGCACUAGUGAUCUUCGGCUUGUGCCUUGUCCAUAGGAAGCGCAGGGACAGUUCCACCUACCCUGUUCCUAUGGCACGUGAUGUGCAUCCAUACCAAGGUGACCACGACCAACCCUUCGUAUCGUCAGGUCGGACUAUCCGGAGGAUUUCCCGCGCUUACGAACAGGAGACCCACAGUUUCCACCGUGCCUCAUCAACCCUGCAGCAAGGCCCCUUUGUCGACACUAUCAAUCCGAAUUUUGCCGCCCAUAAUGAUACAGGCAUACCGUUGGGACCUUCAUUUGCCGGGUCCGCGGCGCGGCACAAUAUCGUUGUAGAACAUACUCCGUCUGCCCUAUCGCAGGCCACCGACCCCCCUCCACAAUACUCGGAAAGGCCGGGGCCCGCAGCAGGACAACGAUCAGUACCGCGACCUCUAUCGUCAGGGACAGACCUUGCCUAUGUCCCGAGGUCCUUUGAUCAAAUUCCCCGCUACCUGCAACCUCACUCCCCACGAUAGUAGUCAUGAUUCACGUCUCACUUGUAUACAGAUUAUCAUUUCGGAUACCACAGCAUUUCUGGCUCUUUGAGUUUUCACUUUUGUGGGUAGUUUUCAGCCUACUAUGCACUUUCCCAUACCCUUCGCAGAUAUUUGUGGACGUUCCGUUAAUAAGUUUUGAUUCAUCCUCUAGUAAUGCCCUAAUCUAUGCUGCCAUUGGCGAGAUCUCUUGAA